AUAGUGUAUUUAAUUGGAUGAAUCCGAAAAUCCUAGUAAUAAUAUAUAAGAAGGAAAUCUGACUCUGUUACAGCAAAUCCUAAUCAUAUGCGAAUUUAUGUAACUAAAAUUCUGUUCCAUACAUUAACCAAAUAAAGGAUAAUCCAUCGAACAUCCUCGUCACUUUGACGACACCAACAUCGUUGUCAACAAGAACAAGAGAGUUUCGAAGCUGCGGGGGUUAAAGAAGAAGAAGAAGAACAACAACAACAAACCUUCUUCUUUCUACCUGGCUUGCUUUUGUUACCUUCAACCUCGAUUUUCUAUUCUUCAUUAAUAAUUAAAGUGUCAUUGUCAAACUAUAUUAUCAUUAUUAUUAUUAUUAUUUUAUUAUAAUAAUAUAUAUUAUUGGAAUGGCACAAAAGUCUGAAGAUGAACCGAAACCUGCAACAACAACUUCUUCUUCUUCAACACCUAACCCUGUUCCUUCUUCUGUGGAACCAAACAUGCUCCCCAAGUCCACCAUGAUUCCUGCAACUUCUUGGUUUACACCUAAAAGAUUACUGGCUAUAUUUUGUGUGAUUAACAUGUUGAACUAUUUGGACCGAGGAGCAAUAGCUAGCAAUGGUGUUAAUGGACAUCGUGGGACUUGCACUGAUGGUAUCUGCAAGUCUGGAACAGGAAUUCAGGGGGAUUUUAACUUGACCAAUUUUCAAGAUGGAGUUCUUUCAUCUGCUUUUAUGGUUGGACUUCUUAUAGCUUCUCCAAUAUUUGCAUCUCUUUCAAAGAGUGUAAACCCCUUUAGACUUAUUGGAGUUGGAUUGUCAGUUUGGACUGUUGCAACCUUAUGCUGUGGUCUUUCUUUCAAUUUCUGGUCCAUUACAGUCUGUCGCAUGCUCGUUGGUGUUGGCGAGGCUUCAUUUAUAAGUCUUGCAGCACCUUUCAUUGAUGAUAACGCCCCAGCUUCACAGAAAACAGUGUGGCUUUCUAUAUUUUACAUGUGUAUACCAGGGGGAUAUGCAAUUGGCUAUGUAUAUGGUGGAGUGGUUGGAAGUCAUUUUGGUUGGCGUUAUGCGUUUUGGGUGGAGGCUGUCUUGAUGCUUCCAUUUGCUAUUUUGGGAUUUGUUAUGAAGCCUUUGCAGUUAAAAGGUUUUGUCCCUGCUGAGUCAAAAAAAGUGCUGGCAGUUGAGACAGUUCCUUUGGGAGUUCAAGACGGGGAGGCUUCAAAUAGAAACAACGAAUCGCAUGAACCUUCCAAGCCAAAACAUGCAAACAGAAUAUUAAAUCAGCUCUCACUAUUUCUGAAAGAUAUGAAAGAACUUUUGUCGGAUAAGGUUUUCGUCGUCAACGUUCUAGGUUAUAUAGCAUACAACUUUGUCAUUGGUGCUUACUCGUAUUGGGGCCCCAAAGCUGGUUAUAGUAUAUAUAACAUGACUAAUGCAGAUAUGAUAUUUGGAGGAAUUACAAUUGUAUGCGGAAUAUUGGGCACUUUAGCAGGAGGCCUUGUUCUUGAUUACAUGACUAACACCCUAUCAAAUGCAUUUAAGCUUCUCUCAUUGACAACAUUAGUUGGCGGUGCAUUUUGUUUUGGUGCCUUCGCAUUCAAAAGCAUGUAUGGUUUCCUAGCUCUCUUUGCUAUUGGUGAACUACUUGUUUUUGCCACUCAGGGUCCCGUGAAUUUUGUAUGUCUCCAUUGUGUUAAGCCAAGUUUGAGGCCACUAUCAAUGGCUAUGUCUACUGUAGCUAUUCAUAUUUUCGGAGAUGUACCUUCCGCGCCUCUUGUUGGAGUUGUCCAGGAUCAUAUUAACAACUGGAGAACUACCGCGUUGAUUCUAACAACAAUAUUUUUUCCAGCAGCUGCAAUAUGGUUUAUAGGAAUAUUUUUGAAUAGUAAGGAUAAAUUUAACGAAGAGAGUGAGCAUCAAGUAUCAAGGGUAGAAGGAACAACCACCGCGCCGUUGCUUGAAGAGAAGACCGCAGAACCUAAAUCCCAAGAAUGUUAACCUUUUUGUAAUAUCUUCAAGCAGCCACAGCACCGUUGCUUGAAGAGAAGACAGGAGAAACAUUGCUAUUUACUCAAUCCCAAGAAUGUUAGUAUAUGUUUGUAUAUGCGGUUGGAAAGUUGCUGGACGCACGUUUAGGCUCAAGCUACAAUUCAUAGCUUCAGAAAAAACACGACAGAAAGGGUUUGGGACGCGAGAAAUCUAAGCGAGACUCAGUUCCAAAUAUACUAUUAACCUUUUUGUAAUAUCGUUUGAUGGCUAACCACGUAGUUUGUUUCGUACCUUGUAAAUAGCUUUCUUAAUUCUUUGUUCAACCAUUAAUUGAAAAUUUAAUUUAUGUAAGUAUCUUUUUGCUUUUGCUUAGUGGAAAUGGAAUAAUGCAAGAAUCUAUCUGCACAUGAUAUUGCAAUGUUUAUGUUUCACCA